CAGCUUUGUAUCUGAGUCAGAAUAGGUCGCGAGCGGAGAGCAGUUCCGAUAUCCCGAGCUCAUGUUUUCCAGGAAGGCCUCGUGACAAGUGCCCAGGUUAACCCGAAAAGGAGAUCCCCAUCAUUGCAAAGAAUGCUCCAUUUCCGCUUGUUGUUAUUUGGACGAUGAUGCAGAUUGUCUAAUGACCUUCCAUGCGUAAUUAACUAUGUCCGCGUCAAAGCCUAUGUCCGGAUGGGACAAGGUGGGCGACCGAUUCUAUCGCAAGGUGCAGCUCUAUACCGCUGUCUUUGACACAGAACUAGAGCUAGAGAAUUAUCUGGUGGCUGGAGCACCAUACAGCGGAGCGCUAGCAUUCCAUAGGAAUGAAAAUAAACUCCAAACCGUCCGGAGUGGAUCGACAGCAAAAGCUGCGAUCGACAUCUACAGCUGUGCAGGCAAGCUUCUUCGCCGCAUAAAUUGGGACAAGGGUGCCAUUAAAGGGCUUGGGUGGUCUGAAGAUGAGAAGCUCAUUGUCGUCACGGAAGACGGUACAGUCCGGGUGUACUACGACUUUCAAGGCGACUUUAUUCCAUUCAACCUUGCGCAUGGUGCGGAUGAACAUGGAGUUAUAUCAUGCAGAUUCUGGUCGACCGGAUUCGUUGCCCUCCUGGGGAACAAUGAAUUUGUCACCGUUUCGAAAUAUGAAGAACCCCGUCCAAAAGUCCUUGCCGCCCAUCCCGAAGGCGAAAUCCACUGCUGGACGUUGAUAGCCCCAGGCGACUCCUUGUCACGCUCAGUAGAAGUCCUCUUCGCAAUCGACCGGACGGUUUUUGUUCUCGAUGCGACAGAGGCAGAAGAUCGAGGGCUCGAUCGUGGCCCGUUUCGACAUCUUGCCGUAUCACCGAAUGGGAAGUUUGUCGCUUUGUAUACCGAUGAUGGCAAGGUUUGGGUCGUUUCAAGCGAUUUUCAGAACCGCUUCAGCGAAUACGAUACGCGAGUGAAGACAUUGCCAAAAGACCUGCAUUGGUGCGGCAAUAACGCCGUGAUAGUUGCGUGGGAGGACGAGGUGCAUCUCAUCGGACCAAACGGGGCAUCAUCGAAGUAUUAUUACGAUAACUGGGUUCAACUGGUUCCUGACAUUGAUGGAAUUCGACUAUUUACCAACGAUGCAUGCGAGUUCAUCCAGAGGGUUCCAGACUCGGUCGAGGAGGUCUUCCGGCUUGGUUCAACAUCACCUGCAUCUGUACUUUUAGAUGCCGUUGAACAGCUGGAGCAAAAGUCACCGAAGGCAGAUGAUGAUAUACAAAUGAUCCGCUCAAACCUUGAUGAAGCCGUUGAUACAUGCGUCAAGGCAGCUGGCCAUGAGUAUGACGUGCACUGGCAGAAGCAGCUCAUGAAAGCUGCGUCCCUCGGCAAAUCGGUUCUCGAUCUGUACAACAGCGAUGAGUUCGUCGAGAUGUGUGAGACGCUGCGAGUUCUAAAUGCCGUGCGGUUCUAUGAAAUUGGAAUUCCGCUUUCAUACGAGCAGUAUCUCCGCUUAACGCCGGAGAGGCUCAUUGAGCGUCUCAUCAAUCGGCAAGAGUAUCUGCUCGCGCUAAAACUCUCAGAUUUUCUGCAUCUUCCAACGGAAAGGAUAUACGUCCAUUGGGCGAGCCAAAAGGUCAAGGUGUCGUUGGAUAGCGACGAUGCAAUUUGCCGAAUCAUCGUUCAGAAGUUGAACGGUAAGAAAGGAAUCUCGUUCGAGGAGAUCGCACAAGCUGCUUACGACGAAGGACGAGCAAAGCUUGCCACGGAGUUGCUAAACUACGAACCUCGAGCGGGAAAGCAGGUGCCACUAUUAUUGAACAUGAAGGAAGAUGUCAUCGCCCUUGACAAAGCGGUAGAAAGCGGCGAUCCCGAUCUGGUCUACUCGGUCUUGCUGCAACUGAAGAAGAAACUGCCCUUGGCAUCCUUCUUCCGAACCAUCAACGGUCGACCAGUCGCGACUGCGCUCGUCCAAGCCUUGGCAGCCGACCAAGACAAAGAGUUGCUGAAAGAUCUUUUCUAUCAAGAUGAUCGACGCGACGAUGGGUGUAAUCUUCUCUUCGACGAAGCGCUGGCGCAGAAAGUCCUCUCGGCACGGCUGGAGAAGCUGAAACUCGCCGCGAAGCUUCUCCAGGACUCCAAAGAGAACACGUUCCAGGCGAAAUGCAUCGAUGAGACCCAACGCUUGCUGAAGAUACAAGAUGCGAUCGAGAAGGAUGCCGGGCCGGGAUUCACGGGCCUUUCGGUCAACGAGACCAUUUUCAAGCUGGUCCGCAUCGGGCAGCUCAAGCGAGCGCAACGCGUGCAGUCCGAGUUCAAGGUCCCGGAGAAGUCCUUCUGGUGGAUCCGGCUGCGAGCGCUGGUGUCGAAACGAGAUUGGAUUGAGCUGGAAGAGAUGGCGAAGGUUAAGCGCAGCCCGAUUAGCUGGGAGCCAUUCUACAACGAAAUCCUCGCCGCCGGCAACACGCGCACAGCGUCCCUAUUCAUCCCGAAGUGCACGGGGUUGACGGUAUCCGACCGGAUCGAAAUGUGGUUGAAAUGCGGUCUCAUAGUUCGGGCGGGGGAAGAGGCGCUCAAAGCGAAGGACCUGGGCGCGCUCCAUGAUCUGAAGAGCAAGGCGGCGGGCAACACAGUCGGCGAACUCGAUCGCAUGAUCGCACAACUUGCCCCGACGAAACGAUGAGCUCUCCUAUUGAGUAUUUCCAAAUUUUGCUGCGUAGUCUCAUAAUGCUGCCCUCUUGGCAAGCCAGUCUGCUAUACAAUGAAC